GAGCACCCGGCGACCUUCGACACUUUGGCUAUGGACCCUAAGAAGAAGAAGGAGAUUGUCAAUGAUCUGCUCAAGUUCAAGAAGGGAAAAGAGUACUACGCCAAAGUUGGCAAGGCUUGGAAACGAGGGUAUCUUCUUUAUGGUCCUCCGGGGACUGGUAAGUCAACCAUGGUCUCCGCCAUGGCUAACUUUUUAGAUUAUGAUGUCUAUGAUUUGGAACUCACAUCAGUUAAGGACAACACCGAGCUGAGGAAGCUGUUGAUAGACACUUCCAAUAAGUCCAUCAUUGUGAUUGAGGACAUUGAUUGCUCUCUUGAUCUUACUGGCCAAAGAAAGAAGGAAAAGGCGGAGAAGAAGAAA